UGCUUUUGUCUCAUAUAGAUAAGUAGGUGUGAGUUGUGACAGAACUUGUGCUUCAACUUUUUGCAAAUAUUUUUUGAAAUGCAUAGAAGAGCGUAAAAAUGUAGUUAUUUUUUAAACACUUGAUUAACUACACAAAUAUAUAAAGAUUACAAGUAAAGUUUCUGUUUUGUUUAAAACAAAGAAAUCUUGAAAUUGAGAUACAUUCGGAACGUGAACUGAUUUCGUCAAUAACGAAACCAUAAUAAAACCUCAAAAUAUAGGAUUUUACAUCGAGAGUAACGUAUUAGCAGCGCGAUGUCUUCUACGAAAGCGCAAAAUACUAAAAAUGACAUGACGGCAGAAGAACGGCAGAAGACAGAGCCAAAAAAAGUGUCCAAUGACGAAGUACCCGUAACUUCGUCCAUAGUACUGGAAGAAGAAGAAGAUCCUUGUGCUCCGAAAAUCAAAGUGGACGAUGAGCCGAUAGUCAUUCGAACUCCUGGAUUAGAUCCUCGAUUUCAGCAGCAAAACCAAACGUUGCGCUGCUACGUGAUGUACACGGAUUUCUAUCAAUGCGAGCACUUGCUCGGCGAAGGUGCAGAGGCCUGCACCUGGUUCAAGGACGUCUUCACCUCGAUAUGUCCUCAAGCCUGGGUCGAACGCUGGGACGACUUCCGGAGCGAGAACCGCAUGCCUUGGCACAAGCGCAAUCACAUUUUCCCCGAUGCUCCAUACGGCAAACGAUCAUGAAUUUGUUGGUGUUACAAAUCUUUCGCGUUAAUUUAUAACCAUUGAUCUUUUCAGAAGACGAAUAAAAUUCCAAGUUGCUUUAAAUUUA